UGUGUAAUCAAAUCAAAUCAAACAAAUUCAUUUCUUACCGUCACUCAGUUCCGUCGCCGUCGACGUCGCCGCCAUACAUACUCGCCGGAAUCUCUCACCAGAAGUAAACUAUGUCGUUCACAAAAGGUGAUUUGCUAACAAAAACAAGAAAGCUAGUAAAUGGUUUGGCCAAGGUCAAGCCUAUAUGGCUUAAAGCUAUGGAAAAGUCACCACCUGCGGUAUUUCCACGUGCUGAAAGGAAAGUUGAGCGGAUCUGUCUCCCUGAGGAUGUUUAUAUCAAUAAGUUCUAUAAGAAGCAUCCUGAAUCCUUGCAUGAAGAUCCUAUCAAGAUUUGUGAUUUUGACCCGGCCCCAUCGCGUAUAUUUGGAUAUCGGGUGUUAGAGCUGAUAGAGCAAGGUGUCAGCGAAGCAGAUGCUAUAGAUGUAGCAGAUAGGGAGUACCGGCUACAGAAAAAAGAGAAAAAGAAGGCAUAUAAACGGUUGAAAGAAAUUGCACAACUAAGAGGAACAAAACCUCCUCCAAACCCAUAUCCCAGUGCUGUAAAGCAGAUACAAGCUGAAGAGAAGAAAUAUGUCCAAGACCGUUUCUUCAAUCCAAGAAUUCUAGAAAUUGUCGACAAGCUCAAGGAGCAGCAGGCUGCAGAAAUGCAAGAUAGAGGCAGAGCUGGUGGCUCGUAAUCUCCAUACUUUCAUGCUUCAAACAUCGUUCUUAGGAAUUUUAUGCAUUGAGGUACCCACGACAUUAACUUUUUGUGGUUAUUGUUAGUUGUAAUAAACAAUGAAGAGACGCCAUAUUCAGCUCAACUAAUUCUGAGGAUCUAGUUCUGGAAUUUUGGUUUCUGGCCUCUAUGCAUAUUAUGCAAAUUCUACAGAUUGCUUUCUUAGCUUGAAUUGUUCAUUCUUUGCGUAAAUAAAUUUUAAGGGUUACGAUCUCUUUACUCUAA